AUGUGUUCUGACAAAGCUGCAUCAUGGAAGCGAUUCCCAAUUGGCGAACUCGCGAGGAAGCGAAAACUUUUGAAAGAAAAUUACAUUGCAGCUGAUGUUAAACGUGCAGAAUUGGCAAACGAACUAGAUUCUGUUCAACAUGACAUUGAUAAAAUGUCGAAAAGGAUUGAUUGCCAUCAAGAGAAGUUAGCUGAUCUAAGUCUAAGUGAGAAGGAGUUGUCUGAAAAACGAAGGCGACUCGAACCAAAAACAUUUGCAGGCUUUUCAAAAAGGAAGGAAACAAUGAGACAGAUGACACCAUCAAAGUUAUGUGCUGACAACUCUGAGAAGCUAUGCUUGGAAAUACCAGUAAGGUCUGCCCAAAGAAGACGUAAAGAAACAUUAGACGCCUCUAAAGUUAUUCAUGGAAGCAGUGAAGGUGAAAAAGCUGCCCUUGAUGGUUUAUGGGUGACAUUCAUCAAUGAAUGUUCCAGAAAACAACUCCAUUCAUAUGUUGAGGCAUCACCCAAAAUGCAAAAGAUUAUUCCAAUGGUAGUUAAAACCAAAACUAAAGAGUAUGAAGAGAGUCACAGUAACUUGGUAAGAAGCUUGAAAGUCCUUUACACAAAAGGACUUCUCUCAAAGGAAAAAUACAAAGCUAUAUGUCGAAGCAUUAUUUCAGUACAAUGCACAGAAUCAUCUCCUUCAGUGAGCAGUGCAAAACUUGUAUAUUAUGAUAAGCUUAUUGCAUUUGUUAAGUCUGUCGACAUUGACAAUAUCAAAAACUUUUCUGAUGACUUCUGUCAAGGCUUAGAGGCCUUUGAAGAUCCAGUCAGUGGGUCUUAUAGAGAUUUGUGUAGUUACCUUUUAGUAUUAGCAGAGUUGUAUAUCUUAAUUGAUCAAGCAUUAGGGCCUGACUCAUUCCUUAGGCAUUUUGGAAGUCUCCCAAUAUAUCACUUUAGGAUUGCAUUAGGGGCUGAUGGUGCUCCUUUCGGCAAGGAGGAAGAGGCUACAGCAUGGCUUGUCUCUUUCAUUAACGCAGCAAAACACAUUCAAAGUGAAAAUGAAAAUUUUAUCAUAUGUGGGGCAAACUGUUCUGAAGGCCACAUUGGUAUGCCAAGGUAUGCUAAAAAGUUAGUGAGUGAAAUUUCAGAUAUAGAAAAGCAAUCUUACACUGUUGCUGGUUACUUAGUAAGAUUUUCCAUAGAACUAAUCCCCAGUGACAUGAAAUGGCUUUCCAUUAUGUCAGGGGAACUUAAUAAUGCUGCGUACUAUUUUUCUCCGUUUGGGAAUGUAAACGAAAGUAACAAAGCUACUACAAAUGGGUCUUUAGGCAAAGAUUCUGCUUGCACAUGGCACCCAUGGGAUUACAAUGAGCGCAUUAAAUCUGCUGAACUUGUUGCCAAUAAAAGGGAGAGCUUAAAUCAAAGUAAGCUGUCUGAUGCAAACAAACGAAAUAAGCUUUUGAAUUUCAUUAAAGAGCAUAAUUCUAGACAAGAGCAUAAACCCAUCUUAGGCAACCUUAUUGAUAAUGGAUUUGCAGAGCCACUCCACAACAGUAACAAUGGUUGGGGUAACUUACAUAAUAUAAUGUUGGAAAUUGUUAUAGCUAAGUCAAAGAUCCCCCCUACUGUCACAGAACUUGAUAGUUUACCUAGUGAAUGCAAGUUUAUUGUUUUUUUAACAAUACUGAAAGACACCUUACAUGUCACCAGGCUAGUUAAAAAGCUAAGGCACUGGUUUAAGGAAGGUCGAAAGAAGUCUUUCAGUUAUCGGUUCACUGGAAAAGAAACAAAACAAUUUUGCCAAAAAUUUGCAUUUAUUAUGCAUUGCCUUAGUGAUAAAGAUGACCCCCCCGAGGUGAAACAGAAAAUUUCAGCCUUGAAUUACUGUUGCAUACAGCUUCGAGAUGCUACUGCCUACUAUUCACGUGUUCUCAUUAAGGAAGACGAAAUUGAAAAAUGUAAACAGGCAUGUCAAUGUUUCUUUAAUAUAUAUGCACUUAUGUUAAGGUCAGUUACACCAACAGUAUGGACAAUAGGGUAUGCCAUACCAACACAUUUAGAAAUUCUGUAUCAGAGAUAUGCAAUGGGUUUAGGCAUAAAUAGCAUGCAGGGAAGGGAGGCGAAGCAUGUUCGUCUCUCCCAAUUUGCUAAACACUCGACAAAAACUACCCGGUGGGCCAUGGUUUUGCGGCAUGAUUUCAUUGCCAAUGUUUGGAUCCGCAAGCAAGAUCCCACUUAUACUACCUAUACAAAGUAUGAGCAUUGUUACAUACCUAAAGAAAUAGCCUUAGAUACCUUCUGCUACUGUGGUUUUCCUUUGGAACAACAAGUUAGAGAGUGUUGUAUUUGUUCUUCGCCCUUGCAUAAAGCAAUUACUAGGAGUGCUAUAUCUGGAGCUUUAGAAAAUACACUGAUUACAAGUACAGCGUAAAGUUGGCUUUACAUGUUGACACCCAUAU